AUGCCUGGAAAGACUCCCUUCGUGCUAAAUUUGGAGAGUCGUGGUCCCAGUGCGUUUGUUCGUUGCUGCGAUAUCCUUGGAAUUUCGGUGGAAGGCUUCCCUAUCAUUUCUCUUGGCACCUUCGUGGCAUACCUCAAUGGCGCUCUUCCAUGCAAACAACUAACGACCAAGUGUCGUGUUGAGAAGAGCUACGAAGUCUUACACGCCAAGCACCGGGAUACGGCGAGUUGGACAAUACGAUGA